AUGAAUGGCACUCCCCGACUCCGAUCUGCCUUCCCCCAGACCCCGCAAACAGCAGGAGCUUCGCGCGGCCGCAAUGCGUCGCCAUUCGUUCCGAAGCUGAAAGAUGCGAACAUGGGAGGCUCCCAGCCGGCUUUGAAUAAUGGAGGCGAUGGACCCCUUAUUCCUGUUCGAGUAGUCGACGCGCCGUCGCAACGCUUAUAUGUCGCUGCUCUUUAUGUUGCGCUGGGGGCUUGGCGGAUAUAUGACUCUUGGGGAGCGUUCAACGAGCUCGAUUCGACAUGGCUGUUCUUGAAAUGGGGAUUUAUUGAUGGAGUCUUUCUUUUUGGCAUUCAGGCUUUGAGAAUACCCUGGCUAGAGUGGACGUUUCCGACCUUUCUUACGAUAUUUUUGCUCCAUUUAGCAGCCAAUGUUUUUUUGAUGUUCCGGAUUCCUCUACCUGUUGGUGCAUGGGCGACGGUUCUUUUCAAAUCGUUUUACGACCGCGAGUUAUCUAUAUCGGAACGCAGCGUUAAACCUGCCGACAUCAUUCACAACACGUCAUUGAUUUUGGGUAGACAGAUCAUACAUAUUCUUCCAGAAGGGUCAGCUGUUUUAAAUCCUGACUUGUCACCGUUGUGUCUAGACACGCAGCACAAUUCCGUUUAUCUUCCGAUUCACAUCUACCAAUCCAUACCUAAAUCUGUCGAAAUAUUACGUUUUGAUCUGAGCACAGGUGAAAAUGAAACUCUCAGUCUCCAAAAAAAGCACUUGAAACAAAUGAAAAAUCAACUAGAGAAGCAGAAAUCAUCUGUUACAAACAUUGACUUUCUAUACGAAGUAAAGAAACCGGGAAUAUAUCGCUUGAGUCGAGUUGUUGAUGAGUCCGAUUUGGACGUCCAAAUCAAGGUGUCUGAUACCUUGAUCAAUGUCUGCCCUAGAGCCAUACCGAAAACAGUUCAAAGCGAUAGAUGCAAAGGAGAUUUAUCCGACAUAACUCUCGAGGUAGAGGGAUCGCCACCUCUCAAAAUCAAAUAUAGUCGCAAGAUAAAUGGACUAGACGGUGGCUUUUCAUUCCAGAACAUACAAUCCGAGAGCAAUUCCCCUUUUGCAGUUAGUCGGAAGUUAUCUGGACUUCUCAUUGACUCAGAAGUACCGGUUCCCGUCUGGGCCCAGAGUCAGAAGCUGCAAAUUUCGUUGAACGAGUCUUUGAAUACUGGUGGAGAUUGGAUUUACGCAAUCGAGGAGGUUCAUGACGCCUACGGUAAUAUUGCCAAUUAUUCGACCGACAAUGAUGAUUCAUCAGGAAAAGGAUUGCUGCAAUGGCAUCAACUAUCCGUUCACGAGCGUCCUAGGCUCUCCCUUCUAGGUUGCAAUGCCCAGAAAUUUCUCAAAAUUGCAAAGGGAGUUUCCACAGAAUUUCCCCUUCAUUUUCACUCCACUGGAAAAGAUUACAGUGGCGAUACGCCCAUGCGAAUAACCUACUCGUAUUCUAACUCCGAGGAGUGGGAACCGUCCAAGAGCCUAUCGAACCUUCAGCAUAUGUCACUGAAGAAUCUAGACAACCUACCAAAAAUCAAAGAACCCGGAUGGUACUCGCUAGAUUCUAAAAUCUUUGACAAGUGUGCGAACAAUUCGGUGGGCCUUCUCGUUGAUCUGGAUUUAGUUGGGUCCCCACCCUUUCGCCUGCGGUAUGCUAUCGAUGCUGCAAAUGGUCCAGUCAUCAAUACUUACAUCGUGGACGGACUCCGAGGACAACUGGAUUUCACACCUACUGUAGCUGGCUACUAUCGAUACCGCUUCCUCGACAUCUCUGACAGCAUAUACGAACGCCGUGAUAUACAAGGCAAAGUGCCAAUUCUAGAACAAGACGUGAAGCCUCCAGCAUCCGCCCAAUUUCAAGAUGACAAAAAACCACUGGAGAGUUGCUUUGGCGAAUCAGUUUCCCUUGACGUCCUUUUUGCUGGUGAAUCUCCUUGGUUACUACAAUACGAAAUUGCUCACAAUGGCAAAAAAACUAAACACGAGCUGCAAAGCGAUGAUCGCGUAGCUACAAUCACCACAGGGCCCUUGCUUAGUGGAGGAGAACACGUUAUCUCAUUGACCAGUGUGACAGAUCGAUCAAACUGUAAACGUGUUUUGAAAGAAGACUUCCCAGUUCAAGUUCGACCGAAAAAGCCUCGUGCAGGGUUUGGAAUGAUUGACGAGAAAAGGACUGUACUUGCGUUGCAGAACUCAGUCGUGGAGUUACCGCUGAGAUUGAGUGGCCAGGCGCCUUGGAGAGUCAAAUAUCGCAAUAUGGAUUCGAACUCUGCUCAACUCGUUGUAAAGAAGAUCUGGGAUGAAAACGGGGUUAUCUCCGUUUCCCAAAAUGGACGCUACGAGCUGGUGGAGGUUUUUGAUGAAACUUGCCCUGGAAGUAUUGAUCAAUCCGCGAGUACGUUUGAAAUAGAUUGGCUUCCACGGCCUUCUGUUUCUUUAUCAGGACGCACUGGAGUUGAGGAGGAUGUCUCGAAACGCAGCGUCUGUCAAGGCGAUGAUGACAUUCUGGAGCUCAAGUUGGCAGGCAGACCUCCCUUUAAUGUUAAAUAUGAGCACUACCAGAAAGGCGACCAUGGAACAUCUGCGGUGAAAAAACAUAACUUGAAGAGUGUUUCGAGUGUCACUUCGUUGGUACUUGACACCACAAAACCUGGAGAUUACUUCUACGAAAUCACCGAUGUUUCGGAUUACCUUUAUGAUUUUGACCCAAAAGGAGGUCAUUCAAUUAAAGUCGCUCAAACAGUCAACGCGUUGCCGUCUGCUCGCUUUGAAUCCCCUGGUCAUAUUUACGCCUUUUGCAAGGAGGACAGUGACGGUGACGAACUGAUACCGAUAGUCCUCGAGGGGCAACCGCCAUUCUAUCUCGACAUCUCCAUCAAGCACCAUUCAAGUUCCAAGCCCGAAAUCGUAUCUGUGGGCCCGAUCAAAACAAACAAGCACAGACUUCCUAUACCACGACGACAUCUAGAACUGGGCCAGCAUGUGGUUAGCAUUCAUAGAGUGGGAGACUCUCGCGGCUGUCAGCGAACGUUUGACCGCGAUCUGUCUUCUGUCCGCGUCGCAGUUUCAGAUGUUCCAACAAUCAUACCCCUUGAGUCUCAAUCUGAUUAUUGCGUUGGGGAACGACUCUCAUUUUCACUUUCCGGACACGCGCCAUUCGAAGUCUUCUAUACUUUCAACGGCAUAGAGAGAAAGGCAACUUCGCAUUCGACGACUUUCAAACGUAUCGCCGAACAGCCCGGUCAAUUCACCAUUACGGCUGUGAGUGACAGCGCGAGCGGCCGCUGUCAAGCGCAUAAGAAUAUAAGCAAGAUCAUCCACGAAAUGCCCAGCGUCAAGAUCAGCAAGGGACGUGAGAGUGUCGUUGACAUUCAUGAAGGUGGAGAGGCUGAAAUGAGCUUCGAAUUUUGGGGAACUCCACCAUUCGAAUUUACUUACACCCGAAGCUCAAAUGCCAGAAGAGGCGAGAAACCCGAAAUCCUAGACAUCAAGCAUGAUGUAUCAUACGAACACAAAAAGACAAUCAAAAUAUCCGACGAAGGCACCUACGAGGUUGUUUCGAUCAAGGACAAAUACUGCUCGUUCUCUACACAUCAGCCGUCUGGGAAAGUCACAAAGCAGACGCGAGCUUUGCAAAAUUGA